GAAAGGAAUUGUUCCUCCCUACUGUUGCCCCCAGAAUAAGUGGUUGGGAGUCUAUGCAACACCCAAGCUUACUACAUUUUCUCGAGUUAGACUGUCUAACAUUUAUUAUUUCAAUUGUGAAGUAAAAAUUGUGUUAUUAUUUCUUUUAAGAAUUUUAUUUAUUUCUUUAGUCAUUUAACACUAGUAUUGUUUAGUCUGUUAAAACGUGUAGGUCCUUUUGACCUCUCCUUGGAAAAGUUUCAGUAGCUUGUCAGUAACUAAAAUCAGGCGCCAGUGUUUCUUAACAGAUAACAAUAAACAGGUUAGGUAAUUGUAGUGAGAUGGAAUAAAGCCUAAGGCUUAACAAAUUCCUCCAUUAAAACGUCACAACCUAAGGCUAAGUGCUGAGUGAACGUACAAAGUCUGAUAAUGUUCUUGUUAUGCAAAAUUGUUCCAUUAGUAAACCUGAUUUUUGGAAAUGCACCUAUUUUUGAACAAAGAUGUUUAUCAUCUGAACAAUUAACUUACCCUAAGAAUGGAUGUUGCAUUCUCUCUAUACCCUGUUAAGAGUCACUGUGCAUUAACCUGUGACAUUAACCUGGGAUCACAGCCCUGUUUGCCAGUCAGACGGACAGACAUGAGUUCUGUGCAGGAGGUAAACCCAAAGGUCCGGGGGAUCAGAGACCCAGUGAACCUGCAGAGUCUGGCUGCACAGAUCUCACGGCAGAUUGCACAGGGUGAGGAAAAAGCUUUCACAAAGGUGAUUGAUCUUAGCACCUGUGAUCCCCACCGGACAGGGAUGCCACCCAUCUCAUUUGUUCGCCAGGUCUUAUCACUGUGUUGUUACCCUGAGCUCCUCAAAGAAGGCAGCUUUCCUCUGGACGUCAAACAGAAGGCACAGAAGCUUCUGGAAGCCUGUGAUGGAGGCAGCAUUGGUUCAUAUUCCUCUGUUUUUGGGUUACCUCCAAUCCGAAAAUCUGUUGCUGAGUUUCUCACAAAAAGAGAUGGUGGGAUAAAUUCAAAUCCAGAGGACAUCAUCUUCUUCAAUGGCUCACAGAAGAUUUUGGCGGCGAUGAUACAUUUGCUGUCACGUGAGGAUGGACAGACUCAGACUGGUGUGUUGGUCCCCCUGCCAUGCCCACACACAUUACCCAUGCUGCUGGAUGAAGUGGGGGUGAAACUGAUGCCCUACAUGCUGACUGAGGAGCAAGGAUGGGCCUUAGACCUGGAAGAGCUGCACCGAGCCCUAAUGACCGCUAGGAGGCAGUGUGAUCCCAGAGCCAUUUACAUCAGUAACCCGGGAAACCCAACAGGUCAUGUGCAAGACAGAGAAAAAAUAGAAAAAAUUAUUCAUUUUGCAGCAUCGGAGCGACUUGUUCUGCUAGUUGAAGAGGUUUACCAGGGCAGUGUGUUUGGACAGGACAAAGAGUUUCUCUCAUUUAAAAAGGUCCUGUUUGAGAUGGGAGUUUCCUACUCAGAGACAGUGGAGAUGGCAUCUUUCCACUCAAUAUCGACAGCAACAAUGGGAGAGUGUGGUCUGAGAGGAGCCUAUGUGGAGUUAAUCAACUUGGAUCCAGCGGUGACAAAGUUUUUAUCCAAUCCUCCGUGCUGUCCUUCCAUUUUACCACAGCUGGCAAUGGAGAUCAUGGUCAAUCCACCUGCACCUGGAGAUGCUUCAUAUGAAAAAUACACACAGGAGAUUCUCGUGAGAGAAGAAACACUCUCCCAGAAUGCAGGACGAGCAUGCAAGCUUCUGAACGCCCUACCAGGGAUGAGCUGCCAGCCGGCGAUGGGAGGUGUCUUCCUUUAUCCUCGCCUGCAUUUACCUGCUGAAAUCAUUGAAGAGGCCAAGCUGUUACGACUGUCAGCAGACGUUCUGUACUGUCAGAGGUUACUGGAGGAAGAAGGUAUUUGUUUGGGAGCUGGCUGUGAAAAUGGACACAAUGAUGAAAACUUUCACAUCAGGCUUUGUGUUUUAGCGCCUCCUGCUGUCCUGGAGGAUGUCCUGACACGUCUUAGUUCUUUUCACCUUCGUCUCCUCAACAGACCUGAUGACAUUUGAAAGAUACUCAGAGAAAAAGAAUCUUUUGAAACUUUUAUUAAAAAAGGUUUCCAAAACUUUGGAAACCCUGCUUAUCAAUAUUUUCAGAUGCCCAUAUUAUGAUAAUGAGAUAAUUAUCUCACAGAAUAAAAUCAUCACUUUUGUCACUGCUGAGAUAUUUGUCUUGAGGAACAAAUAAAGUUGUCCACUAAGUUUUACUUUGAAACAACAAAUAAACACAACUUCAAUUUUA